AUGGCUCUCUCACGUUUAUCCCACCGCGCCAUCGGAUCCAAUCUCUUCAAGCCCUUCGCCGCCGCCGCCGCCGCCGUCUCUUCCCGCCCGAUUUCCUCCGACGCCUCCCUCACCAUCGAGACCUCCGUCCCCUUCACCGCGCACAAUUGUGAUGCUCCCUCACGCUCCGUCGCCACCUCCCCCUCCGAGCUUCUCUCCUUCUUCCGCGACAUGGCCCUCAUGCGCCGCAUGGAGAUCGCCGCCGAUUCCCUCUACAAGGCCAAGCUCAUCCGCGGCUUCUGCCACCUCUACGACGGCCAGGAGGCCGUCGCCGUUGGCAUGGAGGCCGCCAUCACCAGAAGAGACUGCAUCAUCACCGCCUACCGCGACCACUGCACCUUCCUCGGCCGCGGCGGCACGCUUCUCGAGGUGUUCGCGGAGCUGAUGGGGCGCAGGGACGGGUGCUCGAAAGGGAAAGGGGGUUCAAUGCACUUUUAUAGGAAGGAGGGUGGGUUCUACGGUGGGCACGGGAUCGUGGGGGCGCAGGUUCCGUUAGGGUGUGGUUUAGCGUUUGCGCAGAAGUAUAGUAAGGAUGAGACUGUGACUUUUGCCUUGUAUGGAGAUGGGGCUGCCAAUCAGGGACAGCUUUUCGAGGCGCUUAACAUUGCCGCGCUUUGGGAUCUUCCUGCUAUCUUGGUCUGCGAGAAUAAUCACUUUGUCUCCGUUCUUGUUUUAACCCUUGGUCUAGAAAAUUCAAAACUUGAGUACUCUAUAAUUGCAUUAAAGUUAAGUUUUGGUAGGAUAAAAUGUAGUUUGGGUUUGGUGAACACAGAUGGGAUGGGGACUGCAGAAUGGAGGGCUGCGAAGAGUCCUGCCUAUUACAAGCGUGGGGAUUAUGUGCCUGGCUUGAAGAUGUUGGUAGACGGCAUGGACGUUCUUGCUGUUAAGCAAGCUUGCAAAUUUGCAAAAGAACAUGCUUUGAAGAAUGGGCCCCUUAUUCUUGAAAUGGAUACUUAUAGAUACCAUGGCCACUCUAUGUCUGAUCCUGGCAGCACAUACCGCACACGUGAUGAAAUAUCUGGUGUGAGACAGGAGCGUGAUCCAAUUGAGAGAGUAAGAAAGCUGUUAUUGUCUCAUGACAUUGCUUCUGAAAAGGACCUAAAGGAUAUUGAAAAAGAAGUCAGAAAAGAAGUUGACGAUGCCAUUGCUAAAGCAAAGGAAAGUCCAAUGCCAGACCCAUCGGAUUUAUUUACCAAUGUCUACGUUAAAGGUUUAGGAGUUGAGGCAUUUGGUGCUGAUAGGAAAGUAGUGAGAGCUACUUUACCAUAA